AUGGCCUCGGCUAACAGGCACUGGCCCAGCUUGUUCAAGUCCAAGCCCUGCAGCGGUCGCCACCAGGGACACCAUGACAUCAAUUCCUCAUCCCUACUGCCCGCAGCAUGCCAGAGGUCUCCCUUCUUAACAGGUAAUUCAUCACCAGUUGGCUAUGUCCUCUCUUUGUUCUCGCCAUCCGUGGCUCCUUGGAGUAAUCUAGGCCUUGUGGGAGCUUCGGCGGAGCAUCGAUGAACCGGAAGACGUAAGUUUGGAUCUCCCGCGUUUUGAAUUAUCCAGAUCCGUGGAGCUCACUUUAAGAGCUUUGUGUCCGUUUUACGGACAUUUACUUUGAUGGUUAGCGAGAGAGAAGGAAACUGGGUUAUUCAAGGAUGAUCAAGGCCAUACUACAAACCCUAGCCCCCCCAGAAAACCAUCCAAGUUCUUCCCAUCUCCUGACCGAGAAGACCUUCAGCGUCCUUCUGAAUAUCAAUCAUGGGUUUUAGGGUUUUGUAACAGCUGAACGGGCCUCGUUCUCUGGGGUAUGAUGGCGAGUGAGAAAGAAGCGGGGAAGAACGAGGCAAGAAAACCCAGUUAUUCCAGGACAAUCGCGGAUGUAGCGCAGACCCUCACCCCCUAGACAACCUUUUUAGGUCAUGUGAUUCUUCCGAUCAAGAAGAUCUGCGAUAUCCUCUCGAAUGGAAAAGCACGGGUUCUAGGGUUUUGCAGCGGCUGAGCAGGCUUUCUCUGUAGGUUGUGAGGAGAGAAGCCCGGACCCGAAGCCCAGAUGGAAUCCGAAGCCGGAACAGAUCCGGAUCCUCGAGGCCAUCUUCAACUCCGGCAUGGUCAAUCCCCCUCGCGACGAGAUUAGAAGGAUCAGAACCCAGCUCCAAGAGUACGGGCAGGUGGGCGACGCCAACGUCUUCUACUGGUUCCAGAAUCGCAAGUCAAGAAGUAAGCAGAAGCAGCGCCACCUUCACGCCGCUAGGCCGCCGCCGCCCCGGGCCUCCCCCAUCGUCAACCCUCCUCCGGUGGCGCCCGUCGCUACCUCUUCUUCUUCGUCUUCCUCGGACAAGUCCACUGGCUCGGAGAAGACCCCUCCGCCGCCGAAGGUGAUCACUAGUCUGGUCGCCGCCUCCAACCAGGGCUUCCCCCAUGGCGAGCUGGCCGCAGAGCCCUUCUUCUCCUCGAUGGUCGAUUUCCCGGGGCUCUGCAGCGAGCUCCUUGCCGAGCUGACGAACCAAGAAGGGCUCAAGGCAGCGCAUCACGGUGCAACCACUGGUGAUUCUACUGUAACAACGACCACUGUUGCUACUACCACUGCUGCUGAUGCUGCUGCUAUCCACAGUAGUUCAACUGUUGGAGGUCAUAUCAAUGACAUUAUCCAAGGUAUGAACCAUCAGUAGUCUCCUCUCCCUCAUUUAUUGCCAUGUUCCAGGGUAUACCCUACCAUUCGUGAGCUUCAUCAAUGGUAUCACAUCAUCAGCAUGGCUGAUGCGAUAGAUUUCGCUGGCAAAUGCUGGUAAUAUGAGCAGUGGGGAGCCGGCGGAGCUUCUCCUAGAAGGUAGAGGAGGAGAGGGGGAGAGCUGGGGAGUUGAAGAGACUGUGGGCCUUUUCGACAUGGCGGCUUGCCCUGGAUAGGACGUCUGUCUGCAUGGCAGCGAAAGACUCCCAACGAGGAGCACGUAAUCUCAUCUGAAUCAUUGAUUUGACUGCCUCUUUCUUCUCUCUCUCUCUCUCUCUCUCUUUCUCUCUCUACGUUAUUUCCUUCCUUGCUCUUUGUUUGAUUCUUUGCUGUUUGGAUCGUACAGGUGCAUGCGGUGCGGCGAGAUUGACGGUGUUCAUAAAUGAUGUGGCAUUCGAGGUGGGGGCUGGGCUUCUCAACGUGACGGCGGCGUUCGGGGAGGGGGCAAUCCUUCUUCACUCGUCCGGCCAUCCAGUUCGCGUCGACGAGAGGGGACUCACCCUCCUCCCUCUUCAGCACGGCGCUUCUUACUAUUUGGUCUCUCUCUCUCUCUAA